CCACAGGGUACGCCAACCGACAGCAAAAACGCUAAGAAGAAGAACAACAAGAAGACCAAUAAAAACAAGAGCAGCGUGAGCCGAGCCAAUAAGAAGAAGACUGGGAUACCGAAUGUAGCCAAUGAUCUGUCCCAGAAGCUUUACGCCACCUUGGAGAAGCACAAGGAGGUGUUCUUUGUGAUCCACCUCCACUCCGCUCCCAUGGCCAACACCCUGCCGCCCAUCGUGGACCCCGACCCCAUGCUCUCCUGUGACCUGAUGGACGGCCGCGAUGCCUUCCUGACUCUGGCCCGGGACAAACACUGGGAGUUCAGCUCCCUCCGGAGGUGCAAGUGGAGCACCAUGUGCAUGCUGGUGGAGCUGCACAACCAGGGCCAGGACCGCUUUGUCUACACCUGCAACGAGUGCAAACACCACGUGGAGACACGCUGGCAUUGCACUGUGUGCGAGGACUUUGAUCUAUGUAUUAAUUGCUACAACGUGAAGGGCCACGAGCACCAAAUGGUGAAAUGGGGCCUCGGCCUGGACGACGACGGCAGCGGCCAGAGUGGAGAGGCCUCCAAGAGCCCGCAGGAGAGCCGGCGCCUCAGCAUCCAGCGCUGCAUCCAGUCCCUGGUCCACGCAUGUCAGUGUCGCAACGCCAACUGCUCUCUGCCGUCCUGCCAGAAGAUGAAGCGAGUGGUGCAGCACACCAAGGGCUGCAAGCGCAAAACCAACGGGGGCUGCCCCGUAUGCAAGCAGCUCAUCGCUCUGUGCUGUUACCACGCAAAGCACUGUCAGGAGAACAAGUGUCCCGUCCCGUUCUGCCUGAACAUCAAGCACAAGCUCCGCCAGCAGCAGCUGCAGCACCGCCUGCAGCAGGCGCAGCUCAUGAGGCGGAGAAUGGCCUCCAUGCAAGGCAGAACCAUGCCGCUACCGUCCCCCCCGGCCUCUGCUGCCCCCAGCACUCCCAGUGCCCACACCCAGCCCAACACACCUCAGACCCCUCAGCAGCCGCUUUCCAACCAGCCGCAGACCCCCAACUCGGCAGGCGUCAUGUCCCCAACUUUUCCCAACGUUCCUCGCAACGGGCAGUCUCAAGCACCGGUGUCCCAGGGCAAGCCCGGGCCCCAGGUUUCCCCCCUGCACCAGCAGCAGUCCCCUCUCCCCCAGCCCCCGCUCCCUCAGCAGCUCCAGCAGCAGCCGCCCCUCGCUGCAGUCAAGAUGGCGCGGCACAUCGAGAUGAUGGCACAGGCCCAGCAGCAGAACCAGCAGAACUACCGGGUCAACAUGAACGGCUUAACCAUGAACCCCCAGCAGCCUCAGCAGCGCAUGCCCGGGCCGAUGCAGCCGCCCAUGCAGAUGGUGCCGGGCCCCCGCGGAUCCCAGGUCAUGCAGCCCGGCAUACAAGGUCAGUGGUCAGGAGCCGCGGGGCCGAUGCAGGCGGUUCAGAACCAACAAGUGGGCCUGGUCCCAGGCCAGGCGCCGCAGCAGGCCCUGAGCAUGCAGCGAGGCCUGAUGGUCCCAGGGCAGCAGCUGGGACAGAGGAUGAUGAUUCCCCAGCAGCCUGGUGCUCGGCUACAAACGCCCCAGAGACCGGGAGCCAUCGCACCAAACGCCCUGCAGGACCUGCUCCGCACGCUCAAGUCUCCGAGCUCCCCCCAGCAGCAGCAGCAGGUUCUCAACAUCCUCAAAUCAAACCCUCAGCUGAUGGCUGCUUUCAUCAAACAGCGAACAGCCAAGUACCACGCCAACCAGCCGCAGCAACCGCAGCAGGCGGGUCAGCAGCCGCAGCAACCAGGCAUGCCAGGGAUGCAGACCAUGGCCCUGCCAGGGGGGGCAGUCCAGAGGCCGGCGAUGCCCCCCCAGCAGCCGCAGCAGCCCCCUGCACAGGGCUUGGCUGCAUUAGGGGCCCAAGGGAUGAUCAACGCAGCGCACACCAACCCACAGAUCCAGGAGCUCUACCGUCGGCAGCUUUUAAGACAACAACAACAGCAACAACAACAACAACAGCAGGGGGUGAUCCCUCAGGGCCAUCCAGGCCAGUUCCCGGCUCAGACGCAGGGCACGGCAGCAACAUACUCCCAGCUCCGCAUGCAGCAGCAGCAGAUAGCCAUGCAGGCCAAUGCAGGAGCCGCCGGGGGGCCCAUGGGACCACUUCCCCCCAUGGCUCAGAUGGCCCAGCCCGGCAUGGUGAUGGACUCCACCAAGGCCUUACUGCAUCAGAGAAUGCUCCAACAGCAGCAGCAGCAGCAGCAACAGGCCCUCCUCAAGCAGCAGAUGGGCUCUCCUGCACAGCCCGGUCCCAUGAGCCCACAGACCCACCUGCUGGCUGGCCAGCCCCAGGGUGGAGCCCACCUCCCCGGACAGCCCACACUAGUAAACGUCCUCAACAACCAGGUCCGCUCCCCCGCCCCGGUCCAGUCCCCCUGUCCGCCCUCGCAGCAGCAGCCCCAGCAGCCGCGGCCACAUUCCAGCCCCUCCCCGCAGGUCCAGCCCCAGCCCUCGCCCCAGCACCCGCGCCCAGCCCACUCUGGUUCCCCCCACCCGGGACUAGGGGGCCCGCUCUCAGGGUCCCUGGAGCAAGGACACAUGGGGACACCAGAACAAAGCGCUAUGCUCCCGCAGCUUAACACGCCCAACAGAGGGGGGCUGAAUAGUGACUUGGGUUUGGCGGGAGACGCUACAGGGGACACUCUGGAGAAGUUUGUGGAGGGAUUGUAGCAUUUUUGCUCGGAACUAAAAAAAAACACAAUCUCCAUCCCCACUCUAUUUUUCCUUGGACUCUUUAUCCGAUGGAGGGCUUUGACGUUCUUUCUAAGGUUGAGAGCAUUUUUUUGUACUGACAUGUAAAAAGUUUCAACUGUUGUAAAAAAAGAAAUUUGGUCGAGGAAAAAAAUAACAAAAAAAAGCUAAAACUUCGAGGGAAUGUAAUUGUUUCCUAAAAGUUGCUUCUCAAAUGGAAUUUAAAUCACAAAGAAUAUAUUUUUUGGUUGAGACCAAAUGUGUUCAAUACUCAAUUUAUUUUUUGUUUGUUUUUGGUAUGUUUUCAUGCCUUUCUCCUUUCUUUUUUAAAAAGAAAAUGUACAAUUGCAUUAUAUUAUUCAUAUCUUUUUAUUUUGUACCUUUGGAAAAUAAACUUAAAUAAUUGUUGUGUUGAAACUGUAAAAUAAUUUGUCUGGGAAUUUGGGCCAGGUUUUCGUUCUUUUCUCAAGCUGUUAUUCCUGGCAAUUGUAAUCUAGUGUUGUACGAUUACUCCGAAACGAUGCGUUCAGGGACCACUCCCCUCCUCGUUGUGUGUAUGAAGAGCACUCAGUUGUAUUGAAAUAGGAAAUGGACUGCGGCGGUUGUUUAUACACGGGCAUGUACACGGGCGCACAUGAAGACAGUCACACAAACCCUCACUGUCACCGAAAUAACUUCAGCUGGUUUCACAAACACAGAAAACAAGGACUGCAACCUACAUCUCAGUUGCCUGGAAAUGGGAAAACGUUGUGUUGCUGGUGUGGAACAUUGUUGCUUUGACAUUAAAAAAAAAAUUUGUCAUACUUUUUGUCAUACAAAUGUUGUAAAGUGUAAAAAGAGUGAGAAAGAGACCAGCCCCCUAAGCUGAGGUGGAAUGAUCACUGGUUGUUUGUCGGACACAUCUCUGACGGAGCCACAUCCUCUAAAUGUUACACUAAGCUGUGUGCGAUAGAGAUGAAAGGCACGUUUGAGAUUCACCCUGAGGAAUAUUUCAUCAACUCAUUCCUCUCACUAAAACUUGAAUUGGGGGGAUUUACUUUUUCUCCUAUUGUAAAUCAAGUUAAGCAAAAUACUAUAAAUAUAAGGAAGAGAGAUUAAAUCACUGUAUAAACUGGUUAAAGACUCAUUUCUUACUUAUAUACCAUAUUGUUAAAUAAACUGUGCAGCAGAAUAUCUCCAGUACUCUGUUGACCAAAUAAUGAAGCAUCA